AAUUAACCUAAUUAUAAACCAUUAUGGGUUCUCAUAUCUGUUAGAACAUUUAGCCCUAAUCUGAAGACUAAAUUACUCAAGAAAAGAAAAUUAAAAUAAAUAUUCACAGGCCUCCAUAAAUACAAAAACCUUAACCAAUAAUAAAUUUAAUAUUCCCUGAAGAAAAUACAUAAUAUGAAAAAGAACGGAUGAAUUCCUUACCUAAAUAAAAUUCUUCAGAUAAUACUCUUACUAAAUAAGAACUAAAUGAAAAUAAACGUGAUCCAUUAGACAUUAAUUUAAUAAAUGCCUUAAAUGAUCAACUAGAUCUUCAAAAUAAUUCAAUAGAAGAUUCUUAUAGUGGAUUUUAAGAGGGUAUUUGUUAAUUAUAUAUAAACUAGUCAAACAUAAAUCUAUUUUAAAAAAUAAAGUAAUGGCUGGAUCUAAUUCUUCAAGUCCCAAGAAUGCUUAAAAAGACAUCGAAUCUAUAGGAUCCUAAAGAUCAAUUAAAAAAGUUACCUUUGAUAAAAAAUAAAAAGUUAUAUACAGUAGUUUUAGAAAACCUAAAGCUUGAAAUUCUUGA